UAGCACCACGAACGCGACGCACCGAUACGACCGUAGCGCUGUGCAAAAUGUUGAAUUCUUCGUUUUUGUUUGACUCCUCAAUGUCGUCGCAUUGUGGGCACGCAGGCAGGUGUGUCGGAAGGUGGGAAGGCCACUGGAAUGAAGGAGAAGGAGGAGGAGGAUGGGGAGGCAAACCGAGCGAGGAGGGUAGGAUAAAAACCAGUUCCUCCUCCCGGCUUUGUCCAAGAAGUUGGUGUUGAAGAUAGCGAGAUCGAAGCGCCCUGUUGCUGUUGACGCGAUCUAGCCCCGUGAUCAGUUCUGCGCGGUAACGUCUUCCGGACAGUGCGCGUCUUUUGGGCUCACCGCGAGCACGAGCCAACCAGUAGCCGACGAGAGUAUUGUAGCAGCUUGUUAGUAGUGUAAAAAGGUGUGCACCUUUUUGGGGUGUUGUAUGUGCAACAUAUUAGAACAUUCGAGGGUGGACGCGAUGAAGAGGAUUACGUUGGUUGGUUGCGUCCUAGUGCUGCUGCUGAGCGUCACAAUUCAUGGAGCUCACGGACACCAUGGAGACUCGGACGAGAGUGGAUCACACGAAGACUAUGGUUACGAUCAUCAUAAGCAUCAUCACGGUGAUGGUCGCGGUUACGGUUAUCGCCAGGGAGUAGCCGUUGGAGCAGGUUUCGGGUAUAAUCCAUAUAACGGUGCUUCGCAGUACGGUUAUGGUAUGGCCGCCGCUGGCGGACCAAACCUGUUCGACACGGUGACAAAGAACACGGCCGCUGUGUUCGAUAGCGUGAACAAACAGAUCGGACAAACGUUCAACGCUUUAGCACGUCCGGUCGGUGCUGGAUUCGGAUUUAUGCCCGGUGUCCUACUUGGAAAUGGUUUCGGUAGUGCAGGAGGAGGAGGUUAUGUCCAGUAUGGACAGCAACCAUUCGGUGCACCAUUUGGAUUCGUUCCUCCUGGUCAGAGACCACAGAAGCCCGGUUUCGGUGCACCCGGUUUCGGAUUUGGUCAAGGUCAACCACAGCAGGGCUUCGGUUGGCCACAGAAUCCGUUCGAUCAGCAGAAUCCUCCUCCUGGCGGUCGUCCAGUCGUCCCGGGAUCGUCUGUUCCAGUAAAUCCUCCACCAGCCCCACCAGCUCCGCCAAUUCCGGCAGUGCCGGCAGUCCCUGUUGCUCCAAGCAAUCCUCCACGAGUACCGGAACCAGCUCCAGCUGUUCCGAGUAAUCCACCACCAGUACCACCACCUCCGGCACCGCCUUCUAAUAGCUGGAACUCAGGAACUGUCCCACCGGUACCACCACCACCUCCAGCACCGCCUUCUAACAGCUGGAACUCGGAAACUGUGCCACCGGUAGCACCACCUCCACCACCACCACCACCACCGGCUGUUCCAAAUCCUCCACCAGUUCCUGCACCACCACCAGUUCCAUCGGCUCCUUCAGCAGUGCCGGUAGCACCGAAGGAUAACGCCCCAGCAGAGGAGGAAGAUGAUAAGGCGAUCUACGAUAUCGACAUUCGCGGAGAGUUCGAGAAGGAAGAGCCGAAAACCCGCCGGAAGCGACAGCUCUUCUCUAAUCUGUUCAAUUCCAUUGGAGGUUUGGUCAAUACGGCCGUGAAUACUGCCGGUAAUUUCGCUCAAGGCAACCUUAACCCUAGUCAAGGUCAAGGUCAGAGUGGAUUCCCCAACUUUUUCCGGCCACAACAACCUCAGCAACCUCAGCAGCCUCAGCAGCCUCAACAGCCAGCACCUACUCAGGCACCGGUACAAUCGGAACAAGUAACCAAAACGCCGGAACUCAAUCUUCAGUCGCUGGGUCAAGAUGGAAUGAUAUGGACAUACGAAUCCCUCGGAGUGAAACCUCCUCAAUCCGGUCGCGUACGACGCAACAGCGAUAUGAUCUACUUCCCGGAUGAUGAUGAUGAGGAUCGCUUUAGCAUCCACAAGAAACCACCGGUGACGCAGCGUCCAGCCGUUUACCCGCAACCUCCGCAACCACAAGCCUCCGGAUCGCAGGCUGGCUCUCAGGGUCAAUCACAUAACAUAGUGAAUGGAUUCGAGCAGAGCAGUGGUUCCCAAUCGCAAACACAAACCAUCCAGAACCAACACGGAACGUUCAAUCAGAAUGCGGCCGGUAGUACAUCGGGUAAUGUGGCCGUCGAUGGAUCCUCUGGACAGCUAAGUGCCGCCAAUACGCAGCAGCAAAACUUCCAGACGGCAACAGGCUCUGGGAGCCAGAACCAGGCCAACAGUCAGUCGGCGAAUUUUGAUAAGAACGGUAACUUACAGCUCUCGAACUCGAACGCCAACACGAUGUCGAUCCGUGAGAAGGACAAGUACAAGGAGCAAGCAAACGCCGGUUCGUCCUCGGUGAACCAGAACCAGUUCGGACAAUCGUCGAGCAAUGCGCAAACCAACUCGGAGACAUUCUUUGAGAACGGUAUCCAAGGCAACAAGAACAGCGCCUCGAGCCAGAGUCUGCAGACGAACAAGGACGGAUCGGUUUCGGGUUCGAACAGUAACACCAUGUCCGGGACGUUCACCGGUCCGGGCGGUAUUACGGGCUCUUCCUCGUCUAGCCAGUCGUCUAGCUUCAACAAGGGUCCGGGUGGUGUUGGUGGAUCUGGGGCAACGAGUGGUUCCUGGAGUAGUGCCACCGGUGGUACGGCAGCUAGUGGUGCUUCAUCGGCCAGCUCUUCGGCCAGCUCGUCCGCUACCGGACCGCUAGCAUUUAGUCUCAGUGGAUCCUUUGCGCUUCCUCAGCUCCCGGGUGUUGGUUUGAUACCGGGUUUCCCGAAAUUUUUCGGACAACGUAUAGGAGAGGAUGAGCCAGCGGCUGCUCAACCAGUUAGUGCUUAAGUUUUUUUAAAAUGCAUAAAUGGCCCGUUCUUGCCUUAAAAGUGGACAACACCUUA